AUGAGCCGCCAGCAAACAGACAAGACUCAACAAACGGGGGAGGCUCAGGCCAGCCCAACGCCCGCACGUCAUGAACCGAAGACCAAACAUUUCAGGAUAUGGGCACCCUUGUUCGGGCAUUUCGCCCUCUGCCUGGCCGUCACCGGCCUUGUAGCCUUGAAAGUGAACGGUUACAAGGCUCUCGCCUACCAAUGGCAGUUGAGAGCCCAACCCGGCGGAGGGUACGUGUUCCGAGACUCUGACGUUACAACCUGGCUCUCGGCGUCCACGACUCUCAUCGACAUUGUCGGCACCAUGUGGAGCGGGAUUCUCGCCUGGCGGUGCGUGUUCAUUCUUCUGGAGACUCGCCACGGAUUAAGACUGGACCAUCUUUCCCAGAUUCUCGGGGGCUACGCGCCGCGCAAGCGGCUACAGGGGAGGGAAUGGCUCGUCACGCUUGUGCUGCUGCUCGUCAUCCCGCAACGCUUAAUUCGGCCUCUGUUCUCUGGCAGUGUCGACUGGAACUUUGCAGUGGACUACGCGCCGUCGAUACAAGCCAGGAGCGGCUAUGAUUCUGCGAGCUCGCUACUCUGAUAUUGGUAUCUCGAUCAAUACGC